GGUCAACCGCGCCUCAGCAUCAUGACACGCACGCAGACUCACAUAAAGGGCAGAACACCUCACACGUUUGACUCAGAGCCUUUAUGCAGUCACUCCCCUUAAGAACAGUCAAACAACAAAAUUCCCCGAUUCCUUCUAACCCCUCCAUCCGAACCCCUAUGCCCAGUGAGAUCGAUCCCAAAGACUCGAGACGAAGAAGCCCCCAACAGGGCUCCGUUACGCCGUUACCGUCUGCCGUAGCCAGCGACUUGCAUAUACAGUACUACGGAUCUGCCCCUACCUACCUGUAAUGGAAGGUAACUCAUGGUCGGCGCUACUUUGUAAGUUU